AUGGCCGAAAUUCCAGUGCCCAUCGGGGCCAUUUACAAGGGCGGGGACAGCGCUUCUUUGAACGCUUUGCGCGCCAACGAAGAGGCCAGCAAGGUGUACGCUCCGUCCGUCUUCUCUCCGCACACGCUCUCGGAGAAGGGCCACAAGAGGGUGGCCCAGACCAGGGUGCCCAAAGGCAAGAACAAGAGGCCCACAGAUGACGCCAUCUCCAAAGGAGCCACCUUGCCAUCUCAGGAAGCUGGAUUCGAUGUGUACUACGAGGUGCAUGGCAAAGGGCCCAAGAAGAUCAUCUGUCUCAUGGGUCUCAACAACAGCUGUUUCGGGUGAGUCGUGCUGCUUGCUCUACCUCAAGCUAGCCCACAUGUGCUUAUUAGCAGACUCGAAUCACUGACGCUCAUACUUCCAUUGCGGUCUUGACAGCUGGCUGCAGCAAGUGGAGCGUUUCGGAUCAGACCCGGACUAUUCCAUCCUCGUCAUUGAUAAUCGCGGCUACGGCAACUCCGAGACGCCUGCCGGCUUCUACACGUGAGUGUCCUGAGCUGCUUCCGCUGCUUUGACAAGGCACGUAUGAUGGGCACGAGUGUUCACAGGUCAUAUGCAAAGUCAUGCUGCACCCGCUCACCCUACAUUUCGUCUGUCGCAGCACAUCUUCUAUGGCGAAAGAUGCUCUCGAGGUGAUGGAUCAGAUCGGAUGGACCGCAGAUCGGCAACUGCAUGUGGUCGGCGUGAGCAUGGGCGGGAUGAUCACCCUGGAGAUUGCCAAGUUGGCUCCCAAGCGCGUUGCGAGCAUUAAUUUGGUCAGCACGACGUCUGGACAAGGAAGGGGAGAGAAAAAUCUUCUGACAUCGCUACCGCCUGUGAGUAAUUGUCACAGGGUGGAGAUGGCAUCGACGAAAUGCUGACUUUGCCCCUCUUCUCUUCCAUGACUCAUCUCCACCCUCGGCAGCUCACCGGCGUGACCACUAUCGCACGAGUGAUUGCAGGACGGAUCCUCAAUCUGGACUCGGAUCAGUGGAGGGUGGGCCAGGUGCUGGAAUUGCUCUUUCCCAAAGUCUGGCUCGCAGAGGUUCAUCCAGAAGAUCCUAGCGGCCGCACACGGCGAGACGUGAUGAGGGAGAUGUUCGAGUGGCGCUUCGCCUACACUCGGAAGCAAACGCUGCCUGGCGCUUUUGCUCAGAUCGGAGCGGUGGCUACUCACAGGGUUACGCCUAAAGAGCUGGCAGCUAUCAACCUGGAUAUUCCUGCCAUUGCCAUCUUUACGGGAGACCAAGACAAUCUCGUCAACCCUGCCAACUCGUUCCAUUUGCACAAGCACCUUCCUAGGGCCGACUUUACACAGUACAAGAAUGGCGGACAUGCUUUGCCCGUACAGUGAGUCUGUUGUUGCAACACGGCUCGCCACACCCCACGGCUCGGGAUGUGCGGUUGACCAUGCGUUCGACUUGACGUUCUUGACGUUGCGCAGGAAACCUCAGGAACUCAACGACGCUUUGCAGAAGAAUUUCGAGAAGGCCGCCGCUCACCUGGCAAACAGCGUCUCCGGACCCUGGCCCCACUUUACAUCUGUCUCGAAGCAAUGA